CUUUAGCAGUAAGCCCCGCCCUCUUGCUGUCCGAUCACAUGAUCGCUGGCAGGUCCGGCACGCGUGGGCGGAGCCUCCUUACGCUGUACGUGCGUCGCGUAUUCCCGUGUGUAGAGGACGUCGGAGGGCUCGCUCAUCAAAAUGGAAGGAGACAUAUCAUACAACAAAGCGGAGGAUGUCUAUGUUUCUCAUGUCGAAGAUGCUGUGACAUUUUGGGGGCAGUCAAUCGAUAGAAUUCAUGACAUUUCCAAAAUAAGCGACUCUUUGGCAAAAGUUUGCCCCACCGGAAGUGCUGUUUUUGGAACUCCUGAUCUUGAUAAGGUGUAUGGUGGUAUGUUUUCAGCAGAUAAAUGCUGGUAUAGAUGUAAAGUGCAGCAUGUGGUUAGUGAUGAGCAGUGUUCGCUCACCUAUAUUGACUAUGGGAAUUCAGAAGUUUUAGAGAGAUCCAGCAUUGUAGAACUUCCUGAAGAAUUACAGUCCCCACCUAUUGCACAGAAAUAUCGACUAUGGGGGCUUCAGCUUCAGACAGCUUCAGAUAUUGAGCAGGGCAUAAAAUUUCUAACUCAGCUUGUAGGUGAUAAAACAAUAUCUGUGCAGCAAAAGGCGACCUACAAAGAUGGCACUGUUGUUGUCCAGGUGACACACAAUAACCUUGACAUAGGAGAGGAGCUGGCUAAAAAGGGUUUUGCUGUGAAAUGUAGACUAGUUGGCUCUCCAAAUGGAGCUGGGGAAACUAUGGAUGUGGCAGCAAAUGAAAUAAAAUCACCCUUUGCGUGGCAAGCGAGAAACAGAGAAAGGCUUCCCAUGCGUGAGCCAAAAUCCUUACCCAUGUUCAACCGAUGUAGCAGUGACUUAAACAAGGAAAAUGUUGGAAAGAGCUGUUUUCAACCCUUGAGAUCACCUUCUGCAGAAACUAAUGGUGUGAGAAGUGACCAGAGGUGGUUGGAAGAAAACAAACAGCUAAAUGAUGUGAACAAACAGCUGAAGGAUGAAAUCACGCUCUUAAAGAAUGAAAAAAAGCAAAAAUUGGAUGAAUACAGGCAGUUAAAAGAAGAUAAGGAAAUCCUGUUAGAAAAAUUAAGAGGUCUGGAACUACAUGUGCAAACAAUCCAGAUUGAGAAUAAGAAAGAGAAAGAACUCUUUGAAAAAAACAUUAACGAAAUGGAAAAGUGUUUGGCAUCUGCAGCAGGGAACAAGUUAAAAGCAUUAGCAGCCAAAAUUGAUAUACUUAAAAGUGUUAGACGUGAAAAUACAAACGUUACUUUGGCUGAUGAUCUUCUGGAUGCUGUAAAGGUUGUUGGCUCCGGACAGCUAUCUGCUCCAUCUUCUUUAAAUGCUCUAGAAAAGACCUGGGAAGAAUACAGCUUUGCCCAGGAAAUGAUUCGAGAGUGUUCAGAUGUGGUUGAACUAGACAUGCUUAUUGACAGGCGGAAUAAAGUUAAAGAACAACUAAAUUCAUUUGUAGAUGCCUUUGUGAUUGAGGUUGACCAGUUGCCAUUGGAAUCAAGGCUUGAAGAGCUUAAGGUGCUUCUGAAUUCAUUACAAAUUGCGUACGGAGCAUCUUGUAACUGUGAAGAUUCAGAUGCUGUGUUUCAGGAGUUUUAUAAUUGGAAACAAGAAAAAGUAGAAAAAUUCAGCACUGUCAGAAGUGACACCGACAGCUCUGUAGGACUUCUGGACACAUGGUUGUCUGACAUCAGAAAGUUUUUCGACCUACACUCAAGCUUCUCAUUGGAUUCUUGUGACAUCCUCUUGGAUAUCGACGACAUCUUGGAAAAGAUUAAUCACAGCACAUCCAAGGAGCUAAAAAUUUCUCUUGUGGAACCAGAUGAAGAUGAGCAAACAAUAAUAACGAAUGCAUAUAACAGAGUUGUAAAGCUGAUUUAUGAAGAGAUAACCCUCAUCUCUGCUUUAAAAGCAAAGUAUCUGGCCAGUGUUGAAUUCAAAAAGAACAUGUCUGAAUGGAUCAAUAAAAAUCCAAAUGUGGAUGAUUUAAUGACAGUCAAGAAGAGUAUCAAGAGUUUGAAGGCACAGCUGAGGUGGAAACUGCUUGAGAGCAGUAGCAUGGAAGAGUCUGAUGAAUACAAUGCUACAGCUCACAGUGAAGUAAAACAUGAAAUUGCAACCAUAAGGAACAAGAUAUUCUGUGAGAUACAACAAGAACAAGAGGAAUAUGCAUUAUUAAGUGAUUUGGUCCAGAAGUGGUUUCCGGAGCUUCCUCUAAUGUAUUCUGAUGUAGGGAUAACCUGCUACAUGAAUUCUGGAGGUCUUCUAUCAGGUAGUAUGGAGAGGGAGCUGUUUGAUGCCGAACCACUAAAGGAACUUAGCAACAAACGCCCUCUAGUAUGCACACACCUCCAAAACCAAAAAGUCUUACUCAAGGGCUAUUCCGUAGGUGCAGAUACAGAAGAACAAGUAAUUAUGAGGGUGUCAGAAUAUCACAAGGCCUGGUCGCAACAGAAAGAGGAAUCUGGGAUUAUGAAACUUCUCUACUUGUUUUUUUGCAAGUCCGAUCCUGUGGUAUACCUCAUGGUUCCCUUCUAUCCGGGCGAAAGCUUGGGCUAUAUUCAAGCCAACAAUAAACUGAGUUUAUAUGAGGCUAUGAAAGUGAUGAGAGGGGUGGCACACGGCUUACAUACACUGCAUGCCUCCAAUCUGAUUGUUGGCUCUCUACAUGAAAACAAUGUAUUUGCUGUGAACCGUGUGAGAGGCAUUGUUGGAGAUUUUGACUUCACAAGAGACGCAGAGCAGCGGAGUUCAGCCACCUCGAUUUGCUUUCCUCUGUUGACUGCUCCUGAAGUAAAAUUGGGACAACCAGCUUCAGCCUUCUCAGAUGUCUAUGCCUACGGUAUCCUACUCCUAUGGCUCUGCAUGGGGAACAAAAAUAUUAUGCUCAAAUCUGAUGGAACUCCUGAUCUUGAGAAACUUGAUUUGGAUUCCAAAAUGAAGACUCUCCUAUCAGGUCUUGUUUGUUGUGGUGAUCGCAUGCAAGCGGAGCAUAUCAAGAGCCAUGAAUGUUUUCAGAUCACGGAAGCUGCCUUUACUCCUCUACCCAUUGACAAUGAAGAGACAGAUGACAGUACACCAGCGGACUUUGCUUAAGUGAAUGAUGUUUUCUAUAGAACCAUACACUUCACUCUGUCCUGCCUUGUUCAGUUGCCCUAUAAUUACUGUUAAUAGAAAUAAUGUUUGUUUUCAGUGUAAGUUUGUGUUUGUCUUCAUUGUUUGUUCUUUCAGACAGAGUUUUCAUUUUCCUUUAUGUCAUAAAAUCUCUGAAAUCUG